GCUGCCGCCGCUAGGCCCUUCUAGAAGCUUCCGGAGGAUGGACCCGGCCACGCCCCUCCUCGCGCUCUCCAAGGCCAUCUCCUCCCGCUCCAGGGCCUUCCCGGCCUCUUCCCCGCACCACAUCCUCCUCCGCCGCCGGGCCCCGCCGCCCACGCUCGGGCGCGCCCCCGUUGUCGCCGCUUCCGCCGCGCAGCGGCGCCUCGCGGUGCCCGGCGACCUUCUCCUCAUCUCGCUCGCGCGGCUCGCGUUCAGCGGCCCGGCCUGCCCGCGCGCGGGGCCGCGCCGCUGGUUCGCGAGCGUCUCGGCUUCCUCCCUCCCGUCCACCGGUCCGCCCGGCGGCGGGGGCGGCAGGGGGAGCGGCGAUGGAGGGGGUGGCGGGGAUGGAGGCGGCGGGGGCGGGUGGAAGCGGCCGCGUGCUUCGCAGGGGAGUGCGGCGGCGGAGGAAGCGGCGGGGCAGACGGCCGAUACCAUAAUUCUCGAUGUUGGGGGGAUGUCCUGUGGUGGCUGUGCAGCAAGCGUUAAACGCAUUCUGGAGAUUGAGCCCCAGGUGCAGUCCGCAACUGUGAACCUUGCCACUGAGACCGCAGUUGUGUGGGCAGUGCCGGAAGAUACGGCUGUGCAGGAUUGGAAACUCCAGCUGGGUGAGAAGCUUGCCAGCCAGUUGACGACAUGUGGGUACAAAUCCAGCCAUCGAGAUUCUUCAAAAGUCAGUUCACUGAAAGUUUUUGAAAGAAAGAUGGAUGAGAAACUUCAGAAUCUGAAACAAAGUGGCCGUGAUCUUGCUGUAUCUUGGGCAUUAUGUGCUGUUUGCCUACUGGGACAUAUUUCUCACCUCUUUGGAGUUAAUGCACCAUUGAUGCAUCUGUUUCAUUCCACUGGAUUUCAUUUGUCACUCUCAAUAUUUACAUUUGCUGGUCCUGGUCGACGACUAAUUCUUGACGGAUUGAAGAGUCUAUUCAAGGGGUCUCCAAACAUGAAUACGUUGGUUGGUUUAGGCGCUCUGUCAUCUUUUGCAGUCAGUUCAGUUGCAGCCUUCAUUCCAAAGCUGGGAUGGAAGACAUUUUUUGAGGAACCAAUUAUGUUAAUAGCUUUUGUGCUUCUAGGGAAGAAUCUUGAGCAGAGGGCAAAGCUAAAAGCUGCUAGUGAUAUGACAGGAUUGCUCAAUAUUCUUCCGUCAAAAGCACGCCUGAUGGUGGAUAGUGAUGCUGAGCAAUCAUCAUUCACAGAGGUCCCAUGUGGUACCCUUGCUGUUGGGGACUAUAUAGUAGUGCUGCCUGGGGACCGCAUUCCAGCAGAUGGUGUUGUCAAAGCUGGAAGAAGUACCGUUGAUGAGUCAAGUUUGACAGGUGAACCUAUGCCUGUAACAAAGAUUGCAGGGGCAGAAGUGUCAGCGGGAAGCAUUAACUUAAAUGGUAAACUCACAGUUGAAGUUAGGAGACCUGGUGGUGAGACUGUCAUGUCUGACAUACUUCACUUGGUGGAAGAAGCACAGACAAGGGAGGCCCCUGUUCAACGAUUAGCGGACAAGGUUGCAGGGAACUUUACGUAUGGAGUUAUGGCCCUUUCUGCUGCUACCUAUACGUUCUGGAGUCUUUUUGGUUCACGACUGGUACCUGCUGCUAUCCAGCAGGGAAGUGCAAUGUCUCUGGCUUUGCAACUUUCUUGCAGUGUUCUGGUAAUUGCUUGCCCAUGUGCACUUGGGCUUGCCACGCCCACUGCUGUGCUGGUUGGUACUUCAUUAGGUGCAACGAGAGGACUUCUUUUACGUGGUGGGGAUGUUUUGGAGAAAUUCGCAGAAGUUGAUGCCAUUGUGUUUGACAAGACUGGAACUUUAACAAUAGGGAAACCUGUAGUGACUAAAGUAAUACCUUCCCACAGCAAGGGAGAUGUAAAUACAAAGGAUUACUGGAGUGAUGGAUGGACGGAAGGUGACGUUCUGAGUUUGGCUGCUGGAGUAGAAUCAAAUACAAAUCAUCCACUUGGAAAGGCCAUCAUGGAAGCUGCUCAGGCUGCCAACUGCGUCAGUAUGAAGGCAAAGGAUGGGUCCUUCAUGGAAGAGCCAGGGUCUGGUGCUGUGGCUAAGAUUGGUGAGAAACAGGUUUCGGUUGGGACAUUAGACUGGAUUAGGAGGCAUGGUGUUGUUCAUGACCCACUUUCCGGAGUAGAAAAUUUUGGCCAGUCUGUUGCAUAUGUCGCAGUGGAUGGUACUCUAGCUGGUCUUAUUUGUUUUGAGGACAAGAUCAGAGAAGAUUCUCAUCAAGUUAUCGAUGCCCUGUCUAAGCAAGGAAUUAGUGUGUAUAUGUUAUCUGGGGACAAGGAAAGUGCUGCUGUUAAUGUUGCUUCAAUUGUUGGUAUUCCGAUUGACAAGGUGAUUUCUGAAGUUAAACCACAUGAGAAAAAGAAGUUCAUAUCCGAACUUCAGAAAGAACACAAGUUAGUUGCCAUGGUUGGUGAUGGCAUCAAUGAUGCUGCAGCUCUAGCUUUAGCUGACGUUGGAAUUGCAAUGGGUGGAGGUGUUGGUGCAGCCAGUGAUGUGUCUUCAGUUGUUCUCAUGGGCAAUAGGUUAUCUCAGCUUGUUGAUGCUCUAGAGUUAAGUAAAGAAACAAUGAGAACAGUGAAGCAAAAUCUUUGGUGGGCUUUUCUGUAUAACAUUGUUGGACUACCCAUUGCUGCCGGAGCAUUGUUGCCAGUGACAGGAACGAUGCUGACCCCGUCGAUAGCUGGAGCUCUGAUGGGUUUUAGUUCAGUCAGUGUGAUGGCCAAUUCCUUGCUUUUGAGGGCGAGGAUGAGUUCAAGGCAGUCAAUUCAUCAUGUUCAGACCAGGCAAAAGCCCCGCGACACCCUUUCUGGUGUAUCAGAUGGAGCUACCGAGGCAGAGCAAAACUACCCAUCAAAAUGGAGGAGCACCUGACUGAACUCCCAGAUAUCAUGACAUACUGGAUACUUUAUGAACAUUUUACUUUAAUUCAGCCACACUGUAAUAGGGGAGGGAACACGAAAGAUAAAUUAAUCACCACGAGUCCGAAACAGUGUGAUGUAGAAGUUCUUCCAAAGCGUGGUGGUUCUAGGAAAACUCACACGUGAUCAAAGUUACAAUACAGAAUUCUUUGGGUGAUUUGGGCGGAAUA